CCAAUCUCAGGGAGCGCAUAGCGUUCCAGAUUUUGACUUUCCCUGUGGAGCUGUAUCAUAUUUUUAGCUUUCCUGAAUAGGAAGCCGAAGGCGGAGCUGCAUACCGCAGCGGUAGCGAUGAGGGGACCUGCAGUAGAUUUUCCAUAAAUCCGAGUCCCUGGACCGAGCGAUCCAAUCCGAAGCCCACAUCUCCUGCAGGCGCUGCAGCAUCCACAGUGUGUCGUGCAGAUAUCGGGCCAGACGAAAAAAUGACCGCUCCAGCUGCCGAACAACAGGGAAACGGGUUCGGAACCCCAGAUAUCGUUAUAGUCGCCGUUGUGGCAGUAGCAGCGCUUAUCUCUCUGGCACAAUUACUCCUCGCCAGCGGGAUCUUGCGGCCCAUAAAUCCUCUGGUAAGUUAAUCGGAUCCGACUCCAGCUCGCGCAGGGCCGUGGCUCCCUCAGGUGUUUCUUCCAUAUGUACUAAUAGCUUCACAGUUGCCUAUUGCAGAGCGAGACGCCCGGUAAGAACCCACUAACAGUAUCCUCUCGAGGCUCCUUUGCUUGGAUGGUAGCUAAUGCCGGAUGAUUAGCACGAUUAUUAUGAACAGCCGCUUCUAUCACAUCACCACCCAGAAUGUUAUGAUCCAGGAUGAUCUACAACCGGGCAGGCUAUCCACUUUGUACGAAGGAGCAGGAGCGAAUAUUGCGAGAAGGAACAUAGGGGACAGGAGCACAGAGCAACGGCGUACAGAGCCAGAGGGGCUUGGAGAGGUGAUUAUGGGGCGGGAGGAAUGGCUAGAGGGGAUAGUGACAGAAGAUAUAGAGGGCCAAGUAAUGCAGAAAUAAUAAUCAAGGAAGAAGGGGGAGGAGGGGAAGAAUAGAAGGGGUAUUAUAUUGGGGAAAGUUCUGAUGGGAAUAGUGGCCGAUAGGGCACGAUCAAGGAUUUCAUUCCUCUUGACAUUAAACAUUUAUUUCUCACUCUUAUCGCUUAUGGAGGUCCCAUCAUUACACAAGCCCAAAAUACGAGGGCCUUACUCUCUUUGAUAGGGAGGGGGAUAUGUUUGGGGCACAAUAGCUUGAGUUUAGCUUAAUUGUUUGAUCCGAUCG